AUGCCCGGUAUCGACCCUACGGCCACCGAAUCGAGGCUCUCAAAUCCCGAUCCUACAGUCGCGGUUUUGCAGAAUGAUCUGACCUCCGAAUCUGUCCCUCUUGCACGUCGAUUUCGAGCCCUCUUUUCCCUUAAACAUGUCGCUUCUCAGUCCCCAGGGCCUCAAGCGACUGCAGCGAUAGAGGCAAUAGCAGCAGCCUUUACCUCUCCCUCUGCUCUGCUCAAACAUGAACUCGCUUACUGUUUGGGGCAAACCAAGAAUCUGGUGGCAGUGCCUUUCUUAAGAGCAGUUCUCGAGGACAAGUCAGAGGAUGCAAUGUGCAGGCAUGAGGCAGCGGAAGCACUUGGCGCACUAGGCGAUUUAGGGAGUUUGGGCAUUCUGAAGAAAAUGAAAGACGAUGAACAAGAGCCUGUUGUCGUGAGGGAGACAUGCGACAUCGCCGUCGAUCGCAUCCAGUGGGCACACUCGGAAAACAGGAAUACUGAGACUUUGAAGCCCAGUGACUUUGCUUCUAUCGAUCCAGCUCCUCCAAUGCCCCUAGCCUCAGACACUCCCUCUAUACCGAACCUACAAAAAGCUCUCCUCGACACCUCGCUACCGCUGUUCCAACGCUACAGAGCCAUGUUCGCUCUUCGAGACCUUGCCUCUCCUCCCGACCUUGCAACGGCAGAAGCGGCAGUUCAUGCUCUUGCUUCUGGGUUUGCUGAUCCAUCGGCGCUUUUCCGACACGAAGUAGCCUUCGUUUUCGGCCAGCUAUCACACCCGGCUUCAAUACCAGCCUUGCUCUCCGUCCUGGAAAACCGUCGGGAGGAAAGUAUGGUUCGUCAUGAGGCUGCAGAGGCACUGGGAAGCCUUGGAGAAGAACCAGGUGUGGAGGACAUGCUCAAACAAUUCCUCGAUGAUCCCGAGCAAGUUGUCCGGGACAGUGUGAUUGUUGCCCUCGAUAUGGCAGAGUAUGAAAAGAAUGGCGAUAUGGAAUAUGCCACCGUUCCCGCCACGGUUGUCGCAUAG